AUCUUUAGCCGUCAUAACAGUUACAAAACGAACAAAGUCGAGACAUUUAUCCUCGAUAGCUAACCAUUUCUCGUUUUACAUGUAGUGGUAUAUCUCCCGUUGGAUUGUGUAACAAUCAUUAUUAUCAAGUCCUUAAACUUUAUCAAAAAGGUCAUUUUGAAACGGUUAUUGUCAAAGUGGACUGAUAUAUUAACGAGGUUAAUACGAAUAAAAUAAUCCAUUAUGUCUUUCGACUUUAAAGGAAAGAAAUACCUUGUAACUGGUGCCGGGCAAGGAAUUGGACGCGCAAUCGCUUUGAAACUUGCAAAGCACGGGAGCAAAGUGUAUGCUUUAAGCCGUUCCAAAGAGCCGCUAGAUAGUUUAGUAGCGGAACAUCCUGGCAUUCAUCCAAUAGUGGCAGAUAUUGGGAACUGGGAGGAAAUACGCGAGAAACUUGCGGAUAUUGAAGCUUUAGAUGGAUUAGUUAAUAACGCGGCUGUAAUGUCAAUGGAAAAUAUUCCAGGCUUAGAAUGGAGUCGAGAAAUCCUACAGAAAUCGUUCAACACAAAUGUACUAGGCUCCAUAAAUGUGAUUCAAAUGGUCGGAAAGAAGAUGGUCGAAACAGGACGCUCUGGAUCCAUUGUGAAUAUUUCAAGUAUAACUUCUCUUCAGGCACUUCCGAGUAAAUUGCCAUACUGCGUUUCCAAAGCCGGUCUUGAUAUGGUUACAAAACAGUUUGCAUUGGAGCUCGGAAGCAACAACAUCCGUGUCAAUUCCGUAAACCCUACCCUGGUGGCAACAGAAAGAGUAAAUCAGGCAAUUAAAUCUGGGUCCCCAUUCGCUAAAGUAUUUACUUCCAGGACGCCGAUGAAACGUUUAGCGGAAGUCGAUGAGAUUGUUUCCCCUGUGUUAUAUUUCCUCAGUGAUAUGUCAUCAAUGGUGUCAGGAACUAUACAUGUCGUUGAUGGCGGAGCAAUGGCUUCGUUCGUUACCGAUAUAUGAACACUAACGAAUAGAGAUUAUAGGUGCAGAGAAGUUCAUUGUCAAUCAGAAUGCAUAAAUAAACGGUUAUAACUAUAUUAGUCCAAGGAAUCCGUGCAUAAAAAUGGGCGAAUAUUUGCACCUUCUGUGAAAAGCAUGAAACUUGGCAUAGUAUAUAUAUAAGUUAAAUAUCCUACACUUCAUUUAAGACUGGGAAGCCAAGAUGACAGCCUAAGUCCAAGAUGGCCGCCAUAAUUCAGUAUACAAAGAAAAUGACAAAAUAAGAGUGUGUAUCCUGUAAAAAAGCUCUGGAAUAAUAAUUGAAUAUAUACUAAGCUUCGAAUUUAUUUUUGAUUUAUAUUGCAAAAAUCAAUAUGGCCGCAAAAUCCAAGAUGGCUGCCAAAAGACUUUUUUCUUAUUUUAAAGUGGCGAACUAUUUGAUUAAAUCACGUAAAUGAAUGUUACUUGGAACAGUCAUAUAAAAUGUAAAUCCUUAUAUAAACAAACCCUUAUAUAAUCAAGGCAAAAACUAUUAUGGCCAUUAUAUUCCAAGUUGAUCAUUACUAUGACUAUUUAUAGAUUCACUUCUGACCCAUUAUUGUUUUUUCUUAAGUAUACGAGCCACGUUAUAUAUUCAUAUUGUCCGGGCUGGGAAUACACAUUAUUUUAUCCAUGUAACUUGUAUUAUUUGAUACUAAACAGUUAUAAGCUGGUUUCUUUUGUUUACAUUCAAAAAUUAUAAAUGAAAGUCCCCCACCUACCACUUUGUUUAAG